AAGAGAAAAGAAAGAUCAUGAUAUUAUAUAGUACGUACGUCUACAGGAUGUCAAAAUACUCACACCUUCGUCGAUUGCUUCUACCAAGUUCAACUACAUGCGACCACAAGUAAGUGGGCUGGACAUAACUUGAUAUGAGAGCUACAUGAAUUAUUUGGUCCGUGCAUUUAUAGCCUAGAUCCAAUGAGUGGUUGCCUAUAUGUACCUACCAAGUAUCGUCAAGCUUACAUAUUGUGAAGAUACAUCCAUAAAUAUGCGCCCUGCCGAACCAUAGGCGCAAAAUGGCCAAUGAUGAAGCGUCACCAACAACAGCCAUGAUUACAGGCACAACAUCGUCGCCGUCGCAUUCCAAACACAGACUCUUAAUCCCAGACCCGGACCCAGAAGCCCAAACUGAUCCGGACUCGGAAAAGAAGUCACCCCUCAUCAUCUGCUUCCACGGAUCCGGCGAGUCGUGCUCGCCCUCCUGGGACGCACUGGCGCACUCUCUCUCAUCACCACCCCAUCGCCUCCGCGUCCUCCUCUAUGACCGCGGCGAGGAAAAUCCAAAGCCGCCGCAAGCUACGGCGGGGCUGUGCGCUUAUCUGAGGAGGGAAGGGUUGGCGGGGCCGUAUGUGCUGGUCGCGCACUCGUAUGGCGGUGCGUUUGCAAGGAUGUUUCUGGAGAGGGCUACGGAAGGGCAGGUGGGGGGUAUGGUGAUGGUGGAGACGGGGCAGGAGGGCGGGGUGGGGGGGGAAGGGGAGGAGAGGCAGUACAGGGAUAGGGUGUUGGGGAUGAGGUUGCUGAGUGUGGUGAAGGGGGAUUCGUUUAUUGCGGCGAGGAAGGGGUUGGAGGCUGUCGAGGCUGUCGAGGUUGUGGAGGGGGGAGAGGGGAACAGAAAUGACGGGGGAAAAGAGGUGGCGAAGGCGGAUCUGAGGAUGCGGAGGGAGAUGCUAAGGACUUGGGACGGAGAGGACGAGAGGUUGAAGAAGAGACAGCUGAUGCUUUCGAGGAAAGAGGCGAGGAAGAGGUUCGUUAGGGUGGCGGAGUGCGGACACCAUGUUGUGAGGGAUCGCCCAGAUGUGGUGGUGCGGGAGGUUUUGUGGGUGUUGGGGUGUGAGGAGGGAGGGGAGGGGGAAGGGGAUGAGGAUGAGACGGUGAGGCGGGAGUAUGGGGAGGGAGCGGAAGUGGCAAUGGGAGUGGGAGACGGAACGGGGACAGGAAAGGGGGCGGGAAAUGGAGAGGGACAGGGUAAGACGAAGAAGAGGAAAAAGAGGAGGAGAGAAUGUGGUGAGACUGUUGGGGUGUUGCUUGAUAAAUUGGGUAGAAGAAAUGGAUGACUGUGAGCAAGUUAUUGUUGCUGUUGUAGUCUUGAUACCCAGAAAUGUACUUAGGCAAGUCAUCACUUAUUGGUGCUGUCUCUUAUGAGAAUAUCUACCCCGGUGAAGUGUAGUAUUACAAUAUCGCGAAACUUGUGUCAAA